AAAACAAUUCCUUUCAAACCAUUGCUCUCCUAAUCGUCACGAUUGCAUUCUCCUGUUAUAUUCUUUUGACAUAAAGGAUCUCUGAAGACUAAAUUGAGGAAUUCACUCAUCUACAAGGUUUCCUUCAGCUGAUAGGCAUAGCAGAGGCAGGCAUCCAUACCAACUCUGUUGACAUUGUUUUCACGUGUAGAUGGGGAGAUGCAACAGCAAUUUGAUGACAUCAUAUGAAACCAGCCGAGUGACAUCAUAAUCAUCCAUUCGUUCUACCCAAUGCCAGAUUGUUCAGAUAAAAAAAUUUAAUGCAGAAUUGAAUGAAAAAGUCAUAUUCACCAUAGUUUGAAUCAUAGUUUCUUUGAUCUUUUAUUUGUUCUUUGUACAUGUUAUUGUAUCUACAUUGAUAUGAUUUGAUAUUAUAUUAUAUUCAAUAUGAUGUGAUCUGAUUUGACUUGAUAUAUUAUUCGAUUCGAUAUGAUUUGAUUUAUUCAUUUAUUUGAACCAACAAUAUUCACAUGUUUAUAGGUUAUGAAACAAAUUACACAUACAAUGGUAAAUGGGACCAGGAAAUAGCACAAGUGCGAGUUAAGCCUGGCCCCAUAUAUAUAACAAAUACAUAUUUAAGAAGAACAAAAACAUGUAAAGCACUUUUAUGCGAAUUUCAUGAAAAGUGUUGUAUAACUAUAAGACAAAGUUAUUAUUAUUAUUAUUAUCAAAGGCUCCCAUAUUGAACAUCGAAUUUUGAGAAUAAGACUUUUUAAUAGGGAAAAUUGCAGCAUGGCAAGAACCCCCAUAAUGAUUGCUUGCAUUUCAAUCCUUUUCCAAGUAUGUUUACAUGUAGUUCAGGCAGUCAGCACUGUAGAAGGGGAGGGAGUAGACUUAACAUUUCCUUACCCAUGUAACAGUUCACAAGUCACUUUACAACAAUCAACUAACUCCCCAUUUUACAGAUCUACUGAUGGGUUAUCACUGUCUCUGACACAAGAUCAGGUCCAAAGAUUCAAUGUUCAGAACAAGAUUGAUACUGGAACCUGCUCUUUAGCACUGACAAUAACUGAUUUGAGAAGGGCUGAUCAAGGGACCUAUAUCUUGUUUGUAUAUAAGGAUGGUAACAUACUCGGUGAUGACAUACAAAGAGUAAAUCUUCAGGUAGAUUACCCGGCUGGUAAGGCAUCGUGUGUUGUGGGUGACAGUAAAGGUGGAGAAUGGGUAGAGGUAGACUGUACUGCAAAUGCUGGGACCAUACCAGGGAAGAUUGAAUGCUAUCAGAAUGGUCUAUGGAUGCCUCCCCUCAGUGAUCCUACAGUGGUAGACUCUUUGUUGAAACAGACUAUCCUCAUCCUAAAAUCACAGCCAGCAUUCUGCUGCACUUCCCCUUGGCAGGAGUACAGAGAAAGAUGCGAAUGCAACGAUACUGCGCUGUUUUUAGAUGGUACUACAAGUGAAAAACAAUGUUCGACCAUUGAAGUAUCGACAACUACCCAGGAACUUACAAACAAUGUUACGAGCGAACCUACAUCAAUAACAACAACAUCCAUGAAAGAUACCAAAGGGCACUGCAUAUCAAAACAUAUGAUAAUCACAACUUUAUUUCUUGCUAUCUUUAUAAUAAUAAUAAUAAUAAUAACAUAUAUUGUAAUACAUUUGAUAUGUAGGCAGAGGCACUGUACUUACAUGGAUAAGAAUACCAUGAGAAGUAGUCGGCCUCCAAUAAAAGAUGAUGACAUAGAUGUCAAAAUACAAGAGAUUGAAUUUUCUGUUUAAGGUCAAUAGGCACAAUCAGGGUGUGCUUCUGUGUGACAAGGGAAAUUUGAAAAAAAAUCUGAAAAUAACUUUUGGGGCAUUAGAUUUAUCAUCAAACAGAAAAAAAACUGUAAAAUUCGGAAGGGCUUGUUUCAUCGACUUACCUCUUUUCUGCAUUGAUUCGGGCCUUGUUUUUUUUAGGAAAAAAUCUGAAUGAGUGCGACUGAUUCCCCAUACUAUCAGUUAGAAUGACAUGUAAGCUGCAUCUUCGUAGCUUUUCUAAUUUUGAAGAGAGCAUAAAUAAGAUUUGUGGACCCAAAUUUGAGAUACUUUUCAAUAAGCUACAUGCAGAUAUUCAAUCUGUCUAGAUUAUAAAAAUGUCCAAAAUAUUGAAAUUGAUUAAUAUCCAACUGAAGGAAAGUGAUUUUUGUGCACCAUUGCUGAGCCUCAAACUGAACAAAAUAUUUGUGUUUGGGGCGAGCCUCUCAUGUUUUGAUGUUGACGAGUCGAUUCGUGAACGGGGGAGAUUUUAUUCUUGAGGGGCAUUUUGUGUGCUAGUCGACAUUUUAAGACAGAAAUUAAUAUUCAUUGGUUCAAAUCAUAUAUGAACGAAAAUUUUGAAAUUUUGAGAUUGUUUGUGAAUAGAAUUUGAAUAGAAAAUGAAUGCUCAUUUACGGAAAAUGGACUUGUCUUGUAACUUGUACUUUUCGUGUUGAUUUUAUUUUUAAACUGCAAUAUUUACAGUUUCAAUGUGAAAAUCAGUCAUUUUGAAACAUAGUUUUCCUUUCUAAAAGAAUUUCGUAGUGGCUUUGCAAUUUGCAUCAUUCAAUAUAUUUUUCAAACAUAUUACUCUUCGCACAAAUGACUUUGAGAACUCCGCAGUUCUACCUAAUUUGUAGUAACUGAGCAGUCAACAUUAUUUUUAUGUCAUUGCUAGAUCCCAAUUUUGGAACUCUCUGAAGGUCAGUACUUGGGGAGCUCCUGUAUCAGUUAUGCCCAAACUUCUUGAUGUUGAUAUUUGGAUUUCAGUAAUCCACAGUAGCACUCAUAAUCAUCACACAAAGCUGUACAAUUAUAAAACCAAUUUAUUAUUUUGUCCCCCUAAGAUUUGUAUUCUCUUAUCACUCAUGUGAUGGACCAUACAAGGAGGAGAGCAUCCCUGGUAGCUGUACAUGCAUGUUAGUGAGGGGAUGACCGACUUGUGAGAUACCGUUACAGUGUCCUGGCCUACCUUCUUGUGGUGGGGGAUGUCAACUCAUUGCAUGCAAUGAGAACAAACAGGCCAGGUUGGCUGGGUGAAAAAGUCUUAUCACCUAGUUUAUUGAGCAACUGACAACACAUCCAGCUAGCACGUCAGUUUAAUUUUUGUAUAUACCUCAAAUGUGUAUAUGUAUAUACCUCAACUGACAAACCUUCAUGACCAUGGAUAAAAGGAAAGGUAAAGGCCGUACAGCCCAAGGCCAGAAUGGCGACAUGAUUUUAUACAUAUGUGUGUAUAUAUAUAUAUAUAUAUAUAUAUAUAUAUAUAUAUAUAUAUACAUAUAUCAUUUCAUGCUAAUGAUUUGUAUUACCAUGUACACAUUCUACAUGUAUAACUAAAUGUUGUUUGGUUUUGGGGGUAAACAAUAUUUCAGAUAUAUGCUAUACGUACAUGUAAUUACAACUUCAGGGGGAGGGGCCUACAUUAUACAAGCUCUGCUUUUCCGUUGGCCCUCACUCCCUUUAAGUUUAUAUUUCACUUUGAUAAUUGUCUACUGUAAUAUAAUGUUAAUUUUUGUAUAUAUUUCAAAUGUGAUUACAUGUCACUAUGUCAACUGUAUAUGAUCAUUGUAAAUAUGAAAAAUUGAAAGUGGAAUAUAAAAACAUUUGUAUCAAAUUAAAUUGAAAAAAUAAGUACAGCACAGAUGGGAACGGAGAGGAAAAUGCUGAACAUCAAGGAACAAAAUAAGAAAAAUGGAACUUCAUAGACAAUCACAAACCAAUCAUAUCAUGGACAAGGUGAAAGAAACAAAAUGGAGAUCUUUGGAACUCUCUCCCUGCACACAUUCAAGAUGCAUGCAACACUGACACUUUUAUUUAA